AUGACCGAUUUUACAUCCUUCAAGAUGCUAUUCCCCCCUCGCGCUCUCAAGAAGAGUCAUCAGAUCUAUGAACGCUGGCUUACCACACCAGUUGCCAUCCCCAACCCAACCGAUCUCACCUUGCUCGAUGACUUCCCUCACAACGAGAUCGACAUCGCGGAGAAGAUCAAGUGGGUCAUGGCCAAGUGUGGCAUUCCUUGGGAAAGGUACAACCCUGUGUACCCGAUGCCCAGGGACCAAACGGUGGCAUGCCCGAUCGAGGGAUGUCAAAGUGCCGAGCUCACUGACACGCAAUCGGUGAAGAAGCAUCUUGGGACUGUCCCACACAUGGUCUUGCUGGCCAAGACUCUCGGUCUAUCGCCUGCUGCACUACUCGUAUUGAGGGAAUGUGGGGGGUGUAACAAACAGGUUUGUAUUCAGCGUGAUGAUUCAAUGACCCGGCACUUGCGCGAGUGCAAGGCCAGGCGUGAGUCUGCUGCUGCUCAAACCAGCCCCAAGACGAGAGGCACUCGCCGUACUAGGCCAUAUUCGCGCAAGAACCGACCUGUUCAACAGCGUGCUGCCACGUCUGUGUCUGAUGCUGAUUAUCAGACCGACACCGCAGUGCUAUCCGAUUCGCAGGUCGCAUCUGGUUCUCAGACUCAAUCGUCUGUGUUUCACCUUGGAAGCCCUUCCGCUCCUGUCUCCGUUCCUCAGUUCUCCACUGGCUGCUUUGCUCUUGAUCCAACCGUCGGAAGCUAUCCUUCUCCUUGGGCUGGAACUCUCUCCUCACAGACGUCUGUGGUGUCCGAGCCUCAGACGCCUCCCCGGCUCGAACACUCGCCUCCAGUCUCUAUCCAGUACCCCAGCGAUUCUGGUUACUUUGGCCAUGAAUAUGGUUACUUCUAUGCCAUCCCUGGGUAUCACAAUAUCCCUCCCUUCGACGUUGUAGCAAAGACGCCGUUCAGUUUCGAGGAUGUUGCUGAAGACCACGAUUUGAGUAUUUCUACUGACUUCUCGGGAUCGUUUCUGGAGGAGUUCUCCCCUUCAAAUUUCAUGCCUCUCUUUCCAUGGGAACGCCCUGCUGUGGACGAUCUAGGCAAUCCUCUUUCACAUUCAUGCCAUUUAUCCGUGGGCAAUUGUUAUGCUUGCGUGCGUGCUCUUGAUCAUCUAUCCUAGUCGGGUUUCCUCUUGUAGUUUGCGUAUUCUUCAUUUAUUUCGAACUUUUGUACGUUGAUCGUAUUCUUUUACAUCUGCAUUCAUCGGCCCCUUUAUCGACACUUCGCUGUAUUCCCCUCUAUAACGUUACGUGGUACUCAUCAUGCAUCAUAUUUAUAUUUCAAACUGUU